UUUUUGAUAUAAAAAGUUAAAAGUCAACUGAAAGGUGCAUUUGUAUAUUGAACAGUUGUUAUUUUUCAUUGAAUUCAAUAUAUUUGACGAAAAAUAAUGAUAACAUAAUUUUAACAUGCCUAAAAAUUAAAGACUUCAAACUGUACGAGGUUCUUCGGACCACCUUGUUACCGUCAUUUUCGUCAAAGCUGUAGUCCAUUGAAUUUUAUCUAAUUUUUACGAGAGAUUAAAAGUACGUCUAACCUGUCGUACAAUCUUAUUACGUACUCAAUUUCUGAUAAAAAAUAGUAGCGGCUCGUAGCGGAGACUGGAACUACAAAUUGGCAUAAUAGCUCAUCUGUUAGAUCCAGUAAAAAUGUAAUUAACAGGUUAACUAGUGUCAUCUAAUGGUGUUCCGUGAAACUUAUUUUGAUGAUCAAGGUUUGAGUCUCGACUAAGUGAAUCUUUGUUACGUAACAGGUGAUCCAAAUUAACACUUCGCGUUAGGAACUUGAGCCAAGGAAAAAAGAAGUGAGCGAGCCUUUAAUUUCGACUGAAAAGGGUUCGAGUUCCGGCUAAGGGGAAGACAUCACAAGUUAGUUCUCAACUCUCCGCUAGGAGCCGCUAUUGUCUUUAAUAAAAAAAAUGGAGGUAGUACGAGUCAACCGUAGGUUAGCCAAACUCUUGUUUGUAGCACGACUCGUGAUUAGUCAGGCAGACUUUUAUUUUCUACUAGCCUCUAAUCGACUUCAAAAAUUAGAGAUUUCUUCGAAUGAUUUAUCUGAUAAAAAUUAUGUGUACUACGGCAAAAAACAAGCGGAAUAUAAUUUGUCUUAUAAAUAUCAAUAGAGAAAUUAUGAUGACAUAAUUUAUAUUCGCUACGUGCGACGGAAUCGCGACUUGUUCGACAAAUAAGACACAUUUUUUCACGUCCGCGAAUCCAAUAUUGAACUCGUUGAUACGCGAGUGAUUUAAUUAAUUCACACUCCGAGACACCACACUCGGUGAAUUAAUUAAAUAUCCAAUGGCGGUCUAAUCAGCGCGUACAUUCGAACAUGGACGACAAGACGUCGGACGGCGUCAGUUGUGAUAUGGCUGACGACAGGCCGCAAUUUGGAACGCGAAGCUUGCCUUGCGACGGAAAUAUCUUCCAGCACAAUGCGUGGGAUAACGUUACGUGGAACGAGGAACAAGAAAAGCUCGCACAGCGCAAGGUGGACGAAAAUUCGAUUGUUACAGUGUCCCCUGAAAAACUCUCGGAAUAUGAGACCGACGCUGAUAAAUAUUGGGACAAAUUUUACGAUGUGCAUAACGACGGAUUCUUUAAGAACCGGCAUUGGCUGUUGACCGAGUUUCCCGAAUUAGCGCCUGAUACGGUGAGGCAAAAUACUGAAAGACCAAUGCGGGCUGCGCUUACUGAUAAGGAUAAGAGCCAUGGUGAUAAGCAUAUUAAAAUUCUCGAUUUACCGUGCAAGGAUGGUUGCAGGAUAUUUGAAAUAGGCUGUGGUGUAGGGAACACCGUGUUCCCUAUACUUGCGUAUAAUGCAGACCCAAAGCUGUUUGUAUAUUGUUGCGAUUUUUCCACUAAAGCUAUUGAUAUACUGCAACAAAAUUCCGCGUACAAUGUAGAUAGAUGUAAAGCAUUUGUUCUUGAUGUGACUCAAGAAACAUGGACGACUCCUUUCGAACCUGAAAGCCUGGACAUUGUUGUCCUGAUAUUCGUACUGUCUGCUAUCCAUCCUGAUAAAAUGCAACACGUUGUGCGGCAGAUACACAGGUACUUGAAACCGGGCGGAAUAGUUUUGUUUCGUGAUUACGGCAGAUACGAUUUAGCACAAUUAAGAUUCAAGAAGGGCAAUUGCCUUGGCGAGAAUUUUUACGCGCGUGGAGACGGUACUAGAGUGUACUUCUUCUUGCAAGAGGACGUCAGAACAUUGUUCACCGAUAAUGGCUUUAUAGAAGAACAAAAUUUCGCGGACAGGCGACUGCAAGUUAACAGAGGUAAACAAUUGAGUAUGUACAGAGUAUGGAUUCAGGCGAAAUACCGAAAAGCACUCGUGUAAGAGCAGAAAAGAAGGAAUUUUACAAAAAAGGAUUUACUAAAAUCUCUAUUAGACAAAUCAGGACUUACGCGUAGAAGUGGUGUCGAUUAAUAUAUCGUCAAUACAAACAGAAUAGUUUCUAUAUCCGUAUACUCGAGUAUUUGAGUAUUAUAUACAUUAUAGAAACUACUCGACUUACACUGACAACAUUAGUAAAAAUCUUUUGUAUAUAUUUCUCCUCGUUUUUCUCUAUAGUAUUCUUCUGUUUCGUUCGUCAUUAUUUGGUAUUCAUAAAAAAUUAUCCUGUUUCGCCUGUUAUCUGUUUAAAUGAAAUUUCUCCAAUCCAAAUGUAUAACAGAUGAAUUUGAUUAUGUACGCAAUCAAACGAUAUGUAAUUUUUUAUAUAUGACAAUAAAGUUAUAUAAAAAAAGAAAUAUGUUAUAAAUAUAACAAUAUGGAGUUGUAACGAAAUGAUUUGUAUCGAAUUAUAUUCGGAUUGGUAUCACAUAUUGCGAAUUAUAUUUAAUAUAUAAAUAUAAUUAACAAAAAAAUAAUUCACAACAUAAAAGCCGUAUCUUUUAAAAAGAUUUUCACAUCGUUAAAAUACUCGUAUACAUCGGCAAAUGUAUAAAUAGGAUGCUCCACAAUCCUAUCCUGACUGGUAUUAAAUACUAAUGUAAUUGUGCGGGAAUCUUUCUCCCCCACUGAUUACAAGCGGGAUGAGAAGAUGUGGAUUGAAUAUAAUAGCCGUGUAAUAUUAAAAUAAUUUAAUUCCACAAUUUGACAGAGUCAAGAGGUCGACAAGCCUUUACGCGUCCGCCGCCGAUCCGACGACUUGACGGCGUUAUUCAUUCUCUAAAAUUAGAAUGUAACUGUCAC